UAUCGGCGAUGAUCUUAUUCAUGAUGCUAUCGGUCCGUUAUUUCUGGCUUUCGAAGGAUGAAUACAGAAGAGUCUUGAGCAGACAGAUUGCUGUGACCCGAGUGAAUUGCACUGAUUGUCAAGAAAAUUCCCUAUGAAGUGCAUUCUGUUACCAACUUGCGUCAUUAACACUUCACCGAUUGCAAUUUGAAAAUGGCUAAUCGAACGGUGAAAGAUGCAAAAUCCAUCAGAGGUACAAAUCCGCAAUACUUGAUAGAGAAAAUAAUUAGAUCCCGAGUGUACGAUUCAAAAUAUUGGAAGGAAGAAUGUUUCGCUUUAACUGCGGAACUCUUGGUGGACAAAGCCAUGGAAUUGAGGUUUAUAGGUGGUGUAUACGGUGGAAAUGUAAAACCAACGCCAUUCCUCUGUCUGAUAUUAAAGAUGCUCCAGAUACAACCUGAGAAGGAUAUUAUAGUGGAGUUUAUAAAAAACGAGGAAUUCAAGUAUGUUCGUGCAUUGGGGGCAUUGUAUAUGAGACUGACCGGAUCUUCCUUAGAUUGUUACAAAUACUUGGAACCAUUGUUCAAUGACAACAGAAAGCUCAGGAGGCAAAACAAGCAAGGUAAAUUUGAAUUGGUCCACAUGGAUGAAUUUAUAGACGAUCUCCUUAGAGAAGAAAGAUGUUGCGACAUCAUUUUACCAAGGAUACAGAAGAGACACGUUCUGGAAGAGAAUAAUGAACUAGAAGCAAAAGUGUCUGCAUUGGAGGACGAUAUGGAUGAAGGAAUAGAAUCUUCCGAGGAUGAAGAUAUACCUCCGGUCAAGGAGGAUAUUCGCAAAAGAACGGACGAUCAUGACAGAGACAGAGAUCGUCACAGAGACCGAGACAAAAGGCAUUCGCGUUCCGAUAAAAAGUCUGACAGGGAAAAGCAAAGAUCAAGGAGCAGAGACAGGGACAGAGACAGACGAGAACGUAAACGUAGUAAAUCUCCCAAAAGCCACUCUUCUUCUCAUAAAGACAAAGACAGAGAUAAAGAUCGGCAUCGGCGAGAUGACAGAGAUAGAGAGAGAGACCGGGAUCGAGAUCGAAGACGAGAACGUGAUAGAACUAGACACUAAACAAAAAUAUCGAGAUACAACAGAUAUUGUACAGAAUAUAAUAAUUUACUUUUAUAACUAUCAGGUGAAUAAAAAACAAAGCAAUGCACUU